AUUUAUUCCAACCCAAAUGAAUUUUUAUUAUCAGAACUAGUAACUAACUUCCAAGGUUAAUUUGAAGUAAUAAUCACCACGAAUCAUCAUCUGAUUGUAAAAAGUCCAGCUACAAUUCCAAUGAACAGGGCUGACAUACCAAUGGGAGAUAGGAGAAAGCUGCCCAUCAUGGCUGAUUGAAGCAUGGCAUAUAGACUGCCUGAAACAACACCGACUCCAUUGGCCAACGCAAUAGAUGACAUUCACUGGGCAGCAAUGCUACCAGCAGCAAUUCCAGUUGUAGUAAAGCCAAUUGACAUCAGGAAUGUCCAAGUAAGACCAACAGAAAAGCCCGGCGCCAAAUGUCCUUAAAACAUCCUGAAGUAGUCAAGGGUUGUUAUGUUCACCCAAGAAGGUGACGCUAACCGUUUGAAUGUUUUGAAGGCCGUCUGACUCGUCUUUCAGUAUAGUUCCUUCAUGAGAUAUAACAAUUCUUUCAAAUGGGAACUGUAAGGAAUUAGAGAGCCUUUCCCUUGACUGAGUUAUAGUUUCAUUGGCAGCAUUGAAAUUAAUUUCAAGUGUUCAUGGCGAAGUUGUCAAAAUUUUCCAAAUCAGACAAAUGGACAGACCAAGCGAUGACCCUUCACCAACCACCAGCGACAGCAGUGGACACUCACUCAUGGACGCUCCUGGGUACAUCAAGCCUGACCUCCAAGACUUGCUGUUGACCGACAUUACUGCCAAAGAACUACGAGUCAUUGCCGAGACUAUGGAAGUCGACUACUUGGGACCAGCAGUCUUUCCAGGAACAUUUCCAGCCAUGGGAAACAUCAAGGGUCAGAACUACCGACUCAUGGUCCCAUUGGUCUGUCGCCGCCGAACAACAAAGGAUGUUCCUUCUGUCAACAUCAUUUUUUUGAUUGAUACAGGCUCUCCAGUCACAUACCUUUGCCACGAAGCUAUGGAAGUAUUGAUUGGGAAGGACUCUCACCUGCCUCAAUCACUCUAUGUCAAAAUCCACAGUGAAGAAGCUAUUGAAGCCCACCUUUCCCCCAAGGGCAGUCAUUUUGCUGAUGUGAAUGUGUUGGGAAUGGAUUUUCUUGCCAAGAACAGAGUGUUUCCCAUUCCCGAUUGGACGAAUGGAACAUUUAUUCUUCAAUAAAACCAC